CCACAUACACACUCACACUAUGGCCUCGACAAUUCCCGCCGCCCAGGCCGCCUCGCAGCCCAGCUUCGUCAAGCUCGAACCGUCGUCAUCAGUCUGGGAUCGCAUCACAAGUUGGGCCUCGGAGCACAAGGCUGCUGUUUACACCAUUGCUGGUGUUACCCUCGUUGCUACCGGUGCUGGAAUCUACUACUACACAUCCGAGUCUGCUCCCACGCCGCAAGAUCUUGAGGCUGCCGCNCGAGAAGAAGAAGGCCCGCAAGGAGAACAAGAAGGCCAAGAAGAAUGCACAGAGAGAGCAAAAGUCUCCCUCGCCCGAGACCAAGCCCCAGGCGAAGAUGAGUUGCCCGAAGUGACAGAAUCCACCGUCGCAAGUCUCUCAGACGAAACCAAGAAGGACUACGCUGCCAAGCUCAAGGCUGCUGGAAACAAGGCCUAUGGAUCCAAGGACUACAACCGCGCGAUCGAGCUCUACGGUCAAGCCCUGCUGUGCAAGGCUGACCCCGUCUUCUACNNCUCGAACCGUGCUGCAUGCUGGAAUGCCAUGUCCAACUGGGAGCGCGUCAUUGAGGACACAACAGCCGCUGUCAACCUCGACCCCGAAUACGUCAAGGCCCUUAACCGCCGCGCACACGCCUACGAGCAAACGGACAAGUACAGCGAGGCUCUCCUGGAUUACACUGCCAGCUGCAUCAUCGACGCUUUCCGUAACACACAAGCCGCUGAGGCAGUCGAGCGUUUGCUCAAGAAGGUGGCCGAGCAGAAGGCCAAGGCCAUCUUGGAGAAGAAGCAGCGCCGUCUGCCUAGCGCUACCUUUAUCACCAACUACCUGCAAAGCUUCCGUGACAGACAACUCUCGGACACCGUCUCCGAGAGCGCCGACCUGGCCGAGAACAGCGGAAAGUGGUGGUUGCGCAAGGGCCUGUUGGCUAUGGACAAGAAGACGGGCGAGGGCUACAACGAGGCUGCUGAGGCUUUCGAGAAGGCCAUCGAGGCCGGCGACCUUGGCGAGAACGAGGCUCUCGCAUACAACAUGCGCGGUACCUUCAAGUACCUGCGCGGCGAGGCCGACGCCAUUGAUGACUUGAACAAGAGUAUCGAGCUGGACGCUACAUUGACCCAGAGCUACGUCAAGCGCGCUAGCAUGCACCUUGAAGCCGGCCGCCGCGACGAGGCCGCAAAGGACUUUGAAGACGCAAUCGCUCAGAACGACAAGGACCCCGACGUUUUCUACCACCGCGCACAGCUCAACUUCAUCCUCGGCGACUUCCCAGAGGCAGCUAAGGACUACCAGAAGUCAAUUGAUCUUGACCCUGGAUUUAUCUUCUCUCACAUUCAGCUUGGUGUUACACAAUACAAGAUGGGCAGCGUUGCAUCAUCGAUGGCCACUUUCCGCCGCUGCAUGAAGAACUUUGAGAAGGUGCCCGACGUCUACAACUACUACGGUGAGCUGUUGCUCGACCAGCAAAAGUUCCAGGAGGCCAUUGAGAAGUUCGAGACUGCUGUUCAGAUGGAGCAGAAGGAGCGCGUCACUGGCAUGAACGUUCUUCCCCUGAUCAACAAGGCUUUGGCUCUUUUCCAAUGGAAGCAAGACUUCUCGGCUGCUCAGGAGCUGUGCGAGAAGGCUUUGAUCAUCCAGGAGAAGUACCCCCAGCUUGCCAGCAGAUUGCAGGGUAUGCCUGCUUCAGCCGCCAUGCGA